CAGAUGGAUAAAAGCUGAAUGGAUACGUCCUAAACCACAUACCGUGUUAAACAGUAGGUUAUAUCAGAAUCCUACGCCGUUAUAUGUUAUGGAGGAAGCUAUAGCUAAUAAGCAGGAGCUCCAUGCAAGAAAAGAAGGAGCACAUCAGCAGCGUCCUGCUCUCUCCCUCAGCCGUUAUUUUGAUGGAGGCGCCCUUCACUCCGUUAUAUUCAGGCUUUAAGGGAGCAGGUGCAGGCAAAAGAGGUUAAGCAUCACCACGGAUAAUUAGCAAAACAACCUGAUUUUAAAGCAGCGAGGCGUUUAUUUUCCCGUGUGACAAGAAGAUGGUCGCCAAACAGAGGAUCCGAAUGGCCAACGAGAAGCACAGCAAAAACAUCACGCAGAGGGGCAACGUGGCGAAGACCCUGCGACCACAAGAGGAGAAAUAUCCAGUGGGACCAUGGCUUUUGGCACUUUUCGUAUUUGUUGUUUGUGGAUCAGCCAUCUUUCAAAUCAUUCAGAGCAUCCGAAUGGGAAUAUGAAUCCUGCACCUCCUCUACACAUCCAUGAGAUCUGCGCCUAUUAGGCACAGUAGUAAGGAAAACUGGAGGCUGCAAUACUGAUCGUCAGCUCUACGUGAAGGAGCCAAGUCCUGUGCACAGUAUAUGACAUUGCCAUUCACUUGUUUACAGUGUACCUGGAUGACAGGAACAAGUGCUUUUCUACUGAACCAUUGUGGCCGGCUUUGCCACCCUCAUGUCCGAUUUGUGCAAUAGAAUGUGUGCUUUUGUAACCAUUAAUGUUGUGCCACAUUUUGUUUGUAUAUGUUGUUUAUUCUAUUAGUGUCGUGUAUGACGAUUUUGAAAAUAAAUUCUACACAUUUGGGAAAUGUCUGGUUUAGCUUUUGGAAAUAUACAAAGCCUGACAUCAUGCAGAAGGUAAGAAGAGAGAACAUUUAAUUAUAAAGUAAAUAAUAGAAUUAUAAGCACAAUAAUGAGAACACUGUAUAUCCCCUUCUUUGUUUUGUACAGCUCACAGUCACUAUAAGGAUUGUCCAUUUGAAAUAAUGAUGUGCCAGUUUGGUUAUCUGAUUGCAGUCAGGUUUUAGAUCUACUUUACUAGAAGCCCAAUACAUGAUGAUUCGUAAGAAAGAAAUUCUAAGUGGUUUGAAAUGUCAGGGCUAUUUCAAUCUUGCUCCUG